ACGAAUUUAUCUGCAUAUAAAAUAGCCUUAUCGGUUACUAUGUACGCCAGAUUUGUCAGAUGUAGUUUUAAUAAACGUUUUUUAUCCCAAAAAAGUAUAAACAUGUCCAUAAAGGCUGCUCUUAUAGACUUAAGUGGGACUUUGCAUGUUGAAGAUGAACCCACUCCUAAUGCUGUUUAUGCUUUGAAAAGAUUACGUGAAACAAAUAUUCAUAUCAAGUUUGUAACGAAUACCACAAAGGAGUCGAGAAAAACACUUCAUGAGCGAUUACAAAAGAUGGGGUUUGAAUUGGAAACAUCUGAAAUUUUUAGUUCAUUAAGUGCUGCGGCAAACUAUGUUGAAAAGGAGAAACUUAAUCCAUUUUAUUUGUUAAGCGAAGAUGCGCGCCGAGACUUUGUUUGCACGGACAAGGAACGCCAACUCGACUCGGUAGUAGUUGGACUAGCACCCGAUGAAUUCUACUACGAGAACUUAAACAAAGCAUUCAAUUUGCUCAUGGCAAACAAAACUAACCGGCUUAUAGCCAUACAUCAAGGCAAAUACUAUAAGAGACGUGAUGGUCUUGCACUGGGUCCCGGAGCUUUUAUUAAAGGAUUAGAGUACGCAACUUCCGUACGUUCAAUACUUAUAGGAAAACCUAAUGAAUACUUUUUUCGAAGUGCCAUACCUGAAGGAAUACGUCCAGAGGAAUGUGUUAUGAUAGGGGAUGAUCCCAAUGAUGAUAUUGCAGGCGCAAUGCAAUUAGGAUUAAAAGGUAUACAAGUCAAAACAGGAAAAUAUUUAGCAGACAUAGUCGUUACUCCACCUCCAACCGCUCUUGUUGAAAAUUUCUCAGAGGCAGUAGAUUGGAUAACAAAAAAAAAUUUAAUGUAAAAGUUUAAUUCGAUUAAAUAAUAUGUACAUAUGUAGAUAGAAAAAUAUUGACGUUUAUAGGUAAUAAAUUCAGAAACCACUAAAAUAA